UUUGAACAAGAAGAAAGUUUAAUCAAUUAAAAACCUAAGGAUGGCAGUUUGGGACAAAAAGGUUCCCUGGGGCUUCCUGUUAAUGCUGACUGGUGCUGUGGGUCAGAGUGUGAACUAUCCAGCUCCUGUUUGUGCUGUGACAGGAUCGACCGUCACCCUCCUCUGCACCUUCACACCUCAGAGGUCUGUCGUUCAGGAUGGAAGAGAAGUUUCUACAGAGAUCAUCAGAGUCGUCUGGUGCCAGAACCAUCAGUUUUGUCAGGGCUCUACCCCGUCUGUGUUUGACAGCAGUUCAGGAAACAACAACCCUCGUUACAAAUACCUGGGAGACAAGAAGGGAAACUGCACUUUACAGAUCACAGAUGUACAGAAGAAAGACGAGGCAACUCUUCGCUUCAGAAUGGCUGCAAAUGACAGCAGAGCACAUUUUACUGGACAACCAGGAGUGAACGUCACAGUCUCUGAUGUUCAGAUGCAGAUAAAGAGCUCCAGAGGAGACAGAGAGCUGAGAAGAGGUGAAACCGUCACUCUGUACUGCACUGCACUCUGUACCUUCCACCAACUGGAGGUCACCUGGUUCAGAGAUGGCCACGCCCUCUCAGAGUCUGGCCCCGCCCUCCAGCUCGGCCCCCUGACUGCAGGGGAUUCUGGGAACUACACCUGUGUUUUGAAGACCAGCAGCAGCAGCAGCCUCUCCCUGCCGUACAGCCUGCAGGUGGAGGAAGAAG